ACUUGCAUAAAGCUACCAGGAUCGUUCACCUGAUUCUCUGCCUUAAGCUUCUUCUAAUUUACUUCCAAGCAACUUUUUCAUUGAUAAGUACUACUAUUUCUUCUACUAUAUAUCUGGUACGAUGAGUUUUUUGUGCACAAAGUUUGGCAUUAUUGCCCUGGUCUCUGUCAUGUUUUUCUGUUCACUGUUCUCCACAAUGGCUUCUGCAUCAGCAGCAUCUUUGAAGGUGGGCUUCUAUAAAGGAAGCUGUCAAUCUGCUGAGACAAUUGUGAGAAAAGCUGUAAAUAAAGCUGUGUCGCGUAAUCCUGGCAUAGCUGCUGGACUCAUCAGAAUGUAUUUCCAUGACUGCUUUGUGAGGGGUUGUGAUGCUUCCGUUCUUCUAAAAUCCACACCUGGAAACCUAGCAGAGAUGGAACAUCCCGCUAACAAUCCAAGUUUACGUGGUUUCGAGGUUAUUGAUGAAGCCAAAGCCCAAAUCGAGGCACUAUGUCCAGGAACCGUGUCAUGUGCAGACAUUCUUGCAUUCGCUGCCCGUGACAGCACCUACAAAACUGGAGGAAUUUACUACGCCAUUCCAGCUGGACGCCGAGAUGGCCGUGUCUCUAUCAGUGAUGAAGUGACACAAAAUCUUCCCCCUCCAUCUUUCAACGCAGAACAAAUUGCUCAAAGGUUCGCAAGAAAAGGAAUGUCGGUCGAUGAGAUGGUGACUUUAUCAGGGGCACAUUCCAUUGGUGUCUCACAUUGCUCUUCAUUCUCUAACCGCCUCUACUCUUUCAAUGCCACUCAUCCUCAAGAUCCUUCUAUGGAUCCUAACUACGCAGCUUUUCUGAAAACAAAAUGCCCGCCCCCACCUACUGCUGGGGCUGGUGGAGAUCCAACGACAGUGGCACUUGACAUGGUGACUCCCAAUCGCCUGGACAACAAGUACUUCAGUGAACUGAGGCGUCGUCGUGGUUUACUGACCUCCGACCAGACGUUGAUGGACAGUUCUUUGACCUCAAGAAUGGUGUCGAACAAUGAGAGGGACGGUGCACUGUGGGCUAAAAAGUUUGCCAAGGCUAUGGUGCACAUGGGAUCCCUUGAUGUUCUCACCGGUGCACAAGGUGAAAUCAGGAGAAUUUGCAGCGUGGCGAACUGAUCUUAGCCGAAAUUAUUUUCUCCGUCUUGUUUGGUUUCAUUUUUGUUUCCCAUGCUCCUUUCUUAAGUCUUUUGAUACACGAAAAUGUUUUGAAUUGUUUCAAUUACUUAUGAAAUAU